AACCUGGGCCAUUGGGACGGUGUCACGGUUUAUGAUUUUAACAACGAUGGCCUCGCCGAGGUGGCUGUCCGGAUCGUGAAUGGAGUCACCUUUGGCGACGGGCAGCGUUUCACACACGCAAAUGAUGACGAGCAUUUCAUCGCAGUUCUAGAAGGUCGCACUGGCUAACUUCGCGCGCGAGCUCAGAUCCCUACCGAUUAUAUCUCCGAUGGCCCCUUGGCUGCAAGAUUUGGAGUCGGCUACCUCGAUGGCCGCCAGCCCUCUCUCGUUGCCUAUAUGAAGAACCGCAAAGACGACGGGGACUUCAACCUCCUGAUGUCUGCGUGGAGUUUCAGUGGCACUGCUCUUAAGAUGCAAUGGAAGUGGCGUCGAGAGAGCCGAGAUGCUCCAGACGGCCAUAGCACCCGGAUCAUCGACGUUGAUGGCGAUGGUCGGGAUGAGGUUCACGAAAGCGGGUUCACCCUCCACGGCGAUGGCCAGCUCCGCUACUCGUUGGGCCCACAAGGGUAUGGUGCGCAGCAGAAUAACCCAAACGGACUUCUUGAAUAUUAUUACGACGCCACUCAGGGAAAGAUAAUUUGGAGGCACUCAUUGCCUGAUGGAAUCGCUGACGUUGGUCGCGGCUUAGUAGGUGACAUCGACCCAACAAGUGCGGGAAUGGAGGUCUGGUUGUUUUCCGGUCUAUACAAUGGCCCGAGCAACCGGCUUCUUGGACAAAACACUACACUCGCACCAUGGCCUCAUCUGGGUCUCUACUGGGAUGGCGAUAACUUGAUGGAGCUUUACAACGAUGGGAAGAUUGAGAAAUGGGACUGGGAAUCUCCUUCGACAAGUAGCAGUGUCCCUCGGCUGGUGACUACGAGGAACUUGGGCGCCGGCAGCGCGACUGGCCGCAAUCCUGCUUUCCACGGCGAUAUCUUCGGCGACUGGCGAGAGGAGGUCAUCUUAGUGAGCCCAGAAAAUGACGAAAUCAUCAUCUUCACGACUGAUCGUCCAACUGAUAUUCGGCUCUAUACUCUCGCACACAACCCAGCGUGUAGAAAUUCGAUGACCCUCAAGGGAUAUGUUCAAGGCCACCAUCUUGACUACUUUAUCGGGCAAGACAUGACUAAGCCUCCUCGACCGAACAUUCGAUAUGCGGGCACUUCGUAG